CUCAACUUCAAAUCUGUGGAUUUUGAUUAAGCAGCUUGAUUUCGUAUAAUCUAUGGGUGAAGGGCAUAAUUGACCUUUCACAAAAUAUGUCUUGGAUCUUUAAAUGGGUUCAAAGGAGUGGACUAGCCAGCUUAAAAAUGGGGAGUAGUUCAUUGAUUUUGAUGGCAGUCAUCGCAUGUUUCAGUAUUUGUAACCUAGUUCUCUAUGGCUUGGCAACUGAAUCACCCAAGUAUGAAGUAGUACACUUGGAAUCAGAUUAUGAGAUCAGAGUCUACGGAGAAGUCCCCUGGAUUUCUGCUCUUGUCCAUGGAACCUCCUUCGAUAAAUCUACCAGAGAAGGCUUUCACAGGAUUUAUCAAUACAUCCAUGGAGCAAACCUCAACUCUUCACAAUUUCCAAUGACCUCUCCUGUCUUAACGAGCGUCAUAAGAUCAUCAUCUGAAACUGUAUACUACGUAAAACUGUUCCUGUCCAAGGGGAACCCACCACAGCCAAGUCCUGAACUGAACUUGCAGCUGGAAAAAUGGAGUGCUCAGUGCAUGGCAGUGAGAAAGUUUUCUGGGUUCGCCGAGGAUGAUAACGUUAAGAAAGAAAUGGAGGCUCUAGUGGCCAGUCUAAUUGCACGUCCGACUGCAAAUAAAGCUCUAGAUGCUAAUGUUUCCUACACCAUUGCUCAGUAUAAUUCUUCACGCCACCUCUCAGGGAGGCUGAAUGAAGUGUGGAUUGAUGUCUCUGGUUUUAAUGUAGAGGGAUGUUUACCCCAACAUAGAUAAGUAUUGAUGAUUUGGUUGUGAGAUUGCUCUGUAUCUUGGCCAACAAUGUGUGUGUGUGAUUAUUUACAGAAGAGAGAAGAAAUAAGGUAUUUUCAGGAAAAGGCGAGAGAUUGUUAGAGAUGCUGACGAUGGUUUAGUGCGCUGUGCAUGUGUAUGCUUAGGUUUAGGAAUGUGAAUCCUGCGUUUGAGAUGACAAAUAAAGUAUGAGAGUUAUCAAAUAC